UCUGGCUCAAUUCUUUCCCUCUUGACAGUCUCUUCGCGCCUGGGCACCAACUCCGAUAUCCUCAAGACCAAACCCUCAUCUUUCAACCUCAAAAUGGGUCGUCGUCCAGCAAAGUGCUACCGUUACUGCAAGAACAAGCCUUUCCCUAAAUCACGAUACAACCGUGGUGUCCCCGACCCCAAAAUUCGUAUCUUCGAUCUUGGAAGGAAAAAAGCAAAUGUCGACGACUUCCCAUUCUGUGCUCACUUAGUCUCCAACGAGAAGGAGCAACUUUCCUCCGAGGCCCUCGAAGCUGCUCGUAUUACUUGCAACAAAUACGUCACCAAGACCUCCGGAAAGGAUUCAUUCCAUCUUCGUGUUCGGGCCCACCCCUUCCACGUUGUCCGAAUCAACAAGAUGUUGUCCUGUGCUGGUGCAGAUCGACUUCAGACCGGUAUGCGUGGUGCUUGGGGUAAACCUUACGGAACCGUCGCCCGUGUCAACAUUGGUCAAAUCUUGCUCAGUGUCCGAUGCAAAGACAGCAACAAGGCUGUUGUCAUGGAGGCUUUGAGGAGAGCUCAAUACAAGUUCCCUGGACAGCAAAAGAUCAUCGUGUCCAAGAAGUGGGGUUUCACCGACUUGGCCCGUGAUGAAUUUGUCAGGCUCCGUGAUGAAGGCCGAAUCAGAAAUGAUGGUGCCUAUGUUCAGUUCCACAAAGCCGCCGGUGACGUUCUUACCAACUUGUCACGGGGUGCCCCUUCUCUCUGCCAAGAAUGAGAAUGUAUCGUCACUUUCUUCCGCCGCCUGUAUUCUACGUGUCCGGUCUAUGCUACCCCCAUGCAAUAUCCAUCGCCGGCUUCCAUAAUAUGCAAAUGACGGUGUUCCGAACACCCACUGUUUUCACCCACCCCUCCGGGUCCUCGAUCUUGCCUACAUUCACCUCCAUAUCAUACCACGUUCUUUCCUUUACCAUUCCAUCCCAAUCCAAUCCCGUUUAAAUCUUGCUUCCCAUGUCUUCGGACAACUCCAUGGGAAAACAAGGGGAAACGCGGGAGAAAUCAACUCGGGCGUAUUGGUUGAACCUUCGGGUUCGAUCUAUACCGUCUGACUAUGAUUUUGCUCGUCUCUGUCGCUAUCCACCAGUGUCGGCUUCACAGCAUAGUCACAUUGCCUCGCUUCCACUCUUUAUCACACUUUCCCUGUACCUUUCCUCGGUCCCUGUCUCCCAAUGCAAUUUUAACCCUCGCUUUUACCACGCU